AUGAAGGUUGGCGUCGAAGAUGCUGCCAAGGAGCUUGGUUUUGACAAUGCUGUCAUUCUUAGACCAGGAGCGAUUAUCGGAAGAGAUAAAUCAAAGUUCUUUUUCUUAGAAAAUUUGGUGGAAGGCCUUCAGAAGCUGGGACAAGGUGUCCAGGACAAAGUUGGUCAAGAUCAAACGACAAUUGCUAGAGCAUCCGUGGCAGCUGCUCGUAUGAUUGAAGAGGGCAAAGCCCCAUCGAACUAUUGGGUUCUCGAACAAGCUGAUAUUGUCUGGCUUGGCAGAGAUGACUGGAAAGACUGA